CUUCUUCGAUCUGCAGCGCUCGCUUUGACGUCUUUCCUCAACAACCGUGGCAGAUUCUUGCCAUCCUCUGACUUGCCCUUAUAUUUCUUAUCAUAUUGUCAUCAACUCUCCAAUGGCCUACCUCCAUUCGGCCACUGCUAGUCUAUGAUACUCAGGCUGAGAACGGCCAAGUGCAACUGGAACACUAUGUCCAAACGUGCGUUAGCUUCGCCGACUGCCAUCACCGGACAGCAACACAAUCUUGACCGAUACUUUGGUGGGCCAUCAUCUUCAUCUCCUGGACCGUCCCGUGCGCCGCCCAACAGCUCCUCGAAAGGAAAGGCCAAGUCCACUCCGCAGACAUCUCAACUGUCGAAGGCUGAUGAACAGCCGCGUCAUACGUCUGGAGCUCGUCAUACUAGUCCUAUCGUUCAUGACUCCGACGCCACCCUUGCCUGGAGCCUCGCGGAAGAAGAUGGUCUUGACCUCGACAAGCUGAGGGAGCUCGAGGAAAGCGCGAAGCGUAACCUGAACCAGCGAUCCCCAGGAGCGCCUGUAGAAAUCAUAGACGUGGAUAGCCUGAGCGACCAGGAGACCCUAGCUACUGCGCCUGGAUCGUUCGGACCUUCUAGCACAGCGGACAAAAUCCAUCCCCAAGAAGCGGGUCAUCAGGGCGAAGCCGAAUCAAGCGCUGCAUUGUGCGGGACUCCCGUCUUCGGCGGUUCUCAAUUGGACUCAUCAGCGGACCCAGUCUACGGACGUCUAGAUGUGGACCCUAUAUCUUAUGUGGUCCCUGACAACAUCUGGCUGCCUGGCCGACCAGUGCCAUACUCUUUUCUUGCUCAUACGCUUGCUACUCUAUCGGGGACUCGGUCCCGCAUUGCAAUAUUGAAUACCCUGACCAACUGUCUGCGGACCAUCACGAAACAUCACCCACACUCCAUUCUCCCCGCGCUCUACCUCCUUUCGAAUUCACUCUCACCCCCGUAUUCUCCGCUUGAGCUCGGACUCGGUGGUUCAACCAUAUCUAAGGCGAUCCAACAUGUAUCAGGUCUGUCAGCCUCCGCACUAAAACGGCUAUACAAUUCCACGGGUGAUCCGGGAGAUGUCGCAUUCGAGGCUAAGUCAAACGUCCGAACCCUCAUACCUCAUCCUCCACUCUUAGUCGCCGGAGUUUAUGAGUCCCUUCUCAAGAUCGCUCGCGCCAAAGGGCAGGGCGCUGCUAAACAAAAGCAGAGUAUCGUCGAGAAACUCCUGGUCGCGGCGAAAGGCGAGGAGACGCGCUUUCUUGUGCGAACGCUAUGUCAAAACCUGCCGCUAGCCCGCGCAAUGGCAUUGACACCGCCGCCUGGCGUUGUUUCAGCAGACCCCGAUUCACCAUACUAUGGGCUGCUCAAGAGAGUUUACGUCCAGCAUCCGAAUUACGAUGACAUCGUGAAAGCACUAUUGGACACAGGCUUGGAAGACCUCGCCUCUCGUGUUCCGCUGUCGGUCGGCAUACCCCUGCUUCCGACUCUAGGGUCCCCUACGCGCUCACUUGACGAGAUCUACGACAGGCUGGGCUUCUUACCAUUCACCGCAGAGUUCAAAUAUGACGGGCAGCGCGCCCAGAUACACGCAUGGAGGGAAUGCGGACGGAUAUCUGUGAAGAUCUUCUCCCGACAUCUGGAAGACAUGACCGACAAGUACCCGGACAUCAUCUCCCUCGUGGAACAUAUGUUUGAGACCUCGGCCGACACAAAUUCAUUCAUCCUCGAUUCAGAAAUUGUGGCCAUAGACCCUACGGAUGGACACUUGAAGUCCUUCCAAGAACUGUCAAAUCGGGCGCGCAAAGACGUCAGGAUCGAGGACGUGAAAGUCGCAGUUUGUGUCUAUGCUUUCGACAUCAUGUAUCUCGACGCCGAGAUACUGCUCCAGAAACCAUUUCGGGAACGUCGAGCGCUAUUGCGGUCAAGGUUCCCGCCAUAUAUCCCCGAGCGCAAAGAUGCGGCAAGGUUCAAUCACGUCCAGAGCUGCGAAAGCGAGGAUGGACGUGAUACUGUCGAGGAGUUCUGGCAGGCUGCCGUGGCAAGCUCGUGUGAGGGGCUCAUGAUCAAGCUCCUAGACAGCGGAGAGGUGCUAGAAGAGGUGAACCAGAAGGAAAGGCCCCGGCGAAAGCCUCUGCCUGCUACAUAUGAGCCUGACAAACGGACAUCCGCAUGGUUGAAACUCAAGAAGGAUUACGUGACCGGCCUUGGGGAUAGCCUCGAUCUUGUGCCCAUCGGGGCGUGGCAUGGCAAUGGCAGGAAGGCCCAGUGGUGGAGUCCAAUCCUGCUCGCAGUAUGGGACGCCGACGCUGGGAAGCUAGUAGCGGUGUGCAAAUGCAUGUCGGGAUUCACGGAUGCUUUCUAUAAGAGUCUGAAGGAGCGCUAUCCGGAGCAUUCGGAGACAUGCUCACCACAGUCCCUAUGGGAACCGGCGUGCGAGACGGGAGGACUAAAACCAGAAGUCUAUUUCAAACCGCAGGAGGUCUGGGAAAUACGCGGUGCUGAUAUUACUAUUAGCCCCGUCUCCGUGGCGGCCCUCGGUCUCGUUAACUCCAACAGGGGACUGAGUCUCCGCUUCCCCCGUUUCAUCCGCGUUCGAGAGGACAAAGCUGUAGAAAACGCCAGCACGCCAGAAUUUCUCGCACAGAUGUACCGUAAUCAAGAGUCGAGGGGCAAAAACAACACAGGUGCUGACGAUGGCGAUCUCAUAGACGUCUACGAAGGGAGCAGUGGAGCGGAGAGUCUCGGCGAAGACUCGAGUGAAGGUGUGUGAUAAGCAACGGCGUGUUCCAUAAUCCUCGCGGACAUUGGUCUGGAGUUCUGUGUCUUCUUGUGGGCUCUCUUGUCUUGGUCAGGUAGCUCGGGUUCGAGGGCUUUCAAAUUCGCCGGUGGUCAUGUACGCUACUCUGUACGUACCGGUCGGACAUGUCUCUUGGGUAUGUAGGCUCACGUCAGAAGCAAGCUCGUACGCAUUAGUCACUAGUGACUGGUAUGCAACUCAUGUUGGACAACAGAA